UGCACUUGACACAUGUCAUAUUAUUGAAAGAAAAUUUUAAAUUUUGAAUUCAGAUUAAAAUUUCUACAAUUACACUGUUUAAUUCUUAUAUGUGGAGAUAAAAAUUCAAUUAUUACGAAGUUAAGUGGUACUUUUUUCAUACUUUUGUUCUAAGAAGAAAAUGGCAUCUUUUUCAAGAACAGUUUUUAAAACUUUGAAAAAAAAUAAUAUUUUACAAUAUCGUACAUAUGUUAAUCCAUUUACGAGAACGUGGAAUAUUUUAAGCAAAGAAGCUAAAUCGGGUUUCAAAAAAAACUAUGACUAUGACAUAGAGCAUACAGACAUUGUUGUAAUUGGUGGUGGUUUCAUAGGAUCUUCUGUAGCAUACUGGUUGAAAACCAAAGCAGGAGAAGGAUUAUCAGUAGUGGUUUUAGAUAAAGAUCCCAUAUACAAAAAAUCAAAAAAAAUAUACUCCCAUGGAGUUUUAAGUCAACACUAUUCCUUACUCGAAAAUAUUUAUCUUUCCCAAUAUAGUGGAGAAUUUUUAAGGAAUAUUAAGGAACAUUUAGUUGAAGGAAUUGACAUACAAUUUUAUCCCCAUGGUUAUCUAACCUUAGCCAGUGAAAAGUAUGCAAAUAAACUAGAGAAUAACAUGUCAUUACUUAAAGAAUCUGGUAUAAACAAUAAACUUCUGACAGUUGAAGAAAUACAAAGGGCAUAUCCAUGGAUUGAUACAACUGGCAUUAAACUCGGCUGUGUAAGUACAGAGUCAGAAGGAAUUUUUGAUGCCAACGCCUUGCUCAAUGGCUUUAUAGUUAAAUCCAAACAAUUGGGUGCCUGUUACAUUCAGGGUGAAGUUGUAAGUUUUGACAUAGAAAGACAACAGGAUGCCUUAAUGGAAGGUGUGCCUCCUGGUUCAUAUAAGAAAACAAACACAUUGACCUAUAAAGCUGAAGAUGGGCAAGAACGCAACCUUAAAUUUGCAAUUUGCAUUGUUGCUGCUGGUCAUGAAUCACACAAUAUUGCAAGACUCUUGAAAAUUGGGUUAGGUGAUGGCUUAUUACAAAUUGGUUUGCCAAUUGAAAAACGGGAGUACAAUGUGUAUUCUAUAGAAGAAACAAACAAUGAUGUGCCUGCAGAUUUAAAUAGUCCUUAUGUAAUGGAUACAAGUGGUUUAUGGUUGAUAAAAAAUGGUUUGCGCAAUAAUGUAAUGUGUGGUCAAAUCCCUAGCUUUUUAAAGGACAAUGAUAUAUCAGUCCAAGAACAUAUGUUUCGAACAUCAUUAACAACUAGAUACCCAAAAUUAUCAAAAUCUAAGGUAAAACUAUUGUCAAAAGAAAUUGUUGAUUGCAAUACCUAUGAUGAUUCUGGAAUAUUGGGAGCCCAUGUAUACCAUAACAAUUUAAUCUUUGCUACUGGUUUUGGAAGACAAGGUGUACAACAUUCACCUGGAAUUGGAAGAGCAGUGGCAGAAUUAAUAAUUGAAGGCCAAUAUACAACAAUAGACCUAACAAGAUUUGGUUUUGAUAGGUUAUUAAUGGAUGAACCAUUAAUAGAGUCAAAUAUGUAUUGAUCAAGUUAAUAAUAAAAUUUGUUUGUAAAAUAUGUUGAGUACACUUAAGUUUUAACUAAUGUAAAUAAUGACAAUAGCAUAAUAAUAAUGACUUGUGUGUAUGUAUUAUUUUGUAUUAAAAUAUAUCUAAAGGUUGUAAAAGUUAUACUAUCUAAAAAAUAAUGAAAUCAAAUUCAAAACUAAAAGGGUUUCUUCAUGUAGUGUCAAUGCACCUUAAAUGUAAUAAAAUAAACAAUUUCAAAAACAAAA